UUUUUUGGUGGUUUGUCUGCAAUCAUUAACAAUGAAAUUGUGUAGUUCUGCUCUACGUCAACUCGCAAAGUCCCUUUUGACGCAGUUUCAAAAGGUUCUCUGGGCAUGGGAUGGAGGCGAUAUCGACAAAGACAGCACAGGAGUCACACGCCGGACAUGGAAACUCCUCGACGUUAUCUGUCGCGUUCUCGAGUCUUCUCGACAUUAUUACUAUGUUCCUUCAUCCCACACGAUGCAGAACCUGGACGUGUGCAGGAAGAUUUAUUCGCGACUGAGGUCAUCCGAACAAUAUCAUCGCCGGGAUUUGUUCAACGCUCUGCCAAAUGCACUGCACUUCACGCUCACUGCUGCCAACAUAUCUUGUGACCCUGCCCAAUUGUGGAGUGGCCGGUUUUGGCAAGAUGAUUCUCACCUGCCAGAAGACUUCGACUGGCUAGUGGAUUGCCUCUACUACAUUCAUUCCUACAACUACGAGCCAGCAUAUGACAUCCUUUUGCUAUUGCAUGGCUUAGGAGCUCGCUGCAGCCCCGCUAAACAACAUAUGUUCAUCGAGAGCCUCAUUGCCUGCAUGGACGGUAACAUGCCUAACAGUUUACGUCACACCGCUCUUCGUGCUGUUCACAAUGUCCGACAAGAAAUGGCAUCGAUCGAUGGCAUUGAUGAUGCAAACUUACGGGACAUGGUUUUGAAAGACCUCUCCCCCGCUAUUCUGUCUGCGGUUUGUCCGCGAUCAGGUGCAAUACCUGCCGAUGAUGGCCCUGACCUCAUUCUCCAUGAUCGCCGUGAUGCGUGCUAUCUCGAACUGGUUUUUGCCCUCGCGAGGAAUUCCAAUUGGCACUCCCAUUUGUCUGGGGAUCACCAUAUAGAUCAGUGCAUUAGCAUGAUUGCAGAUUGCAGCUUCAAGCUGCAUGGAUUUUACCUAGCUGGCAUCCUCCUCCGAAUUGCACCUAAACAGUGGUCGCCCACAUCGCUCGAUUCUAUCACAGAGCAGCUGUGGUGGGAGAUGAUGAGCAGUGCAUGGAUGGAUGCAUACGAUAUAAUGGACGACGACAUACACUGUUUCGAGUUCCUUCCCGACCUUGUGGAAGGCACGAAAAAGUACAUGCGGGUUGCUUCGAUGUUUGACCUCGAAAUGCUCAUCAGAAAUGUGAGUGGUAUUGUCGAAGAACUGGAGACGCGAGAUUCAGAACAGGGAGGGCAGGGGGAGCAGGGAGAGCAGGGAAAGGGGGUCGCCGUUGCUGUGAACGAGCUUAGGACGGUGGCCUGCGACAUGCUUGAGAGGAUGUUCAUAAGUGAUGAAGUCGUUGGUCACUGAUUAUCACGGGGCCUGCAUGUUGUGCUAGGGUCCUGGGACCAGAACUGAGGGAAUGGCGCGAUGGGAGUGCAGAAGGGGAUAAAUAUCAAGAUCUUAAAACAAGAUCGAUUUUAUGUAAAUAAUCAGCUACUUACAAUCAGGCGUUCGUGUCUUGCAAUCGGUCAUUGU